AUGUCUGCGUCCGACUACAAGUAUACGGACGCCCUUGUGGAGGUCAAGGGCCGCAUCGGCAUAAUCAAAUUGGCGGUCAAGCUGAACAGGCCAAAAGCUCUCAAUGCUUUUAGCACCACGAUGAUGCUGGAUGUGAUCACGGCUCUGAGAGAGCUCAACGAACACCCUGCGACCGUCUUCACGGUGCUCACCGGCGAGGGCCGAUUUUUCUCCUCCGGGGUCGACGUCAAAGCGGUUGCCUCAAGGCCUCCGGUCAAGUCUUCCAGCCUUGCCGAGAGGAAGAUUGCCUCCAUGACAGGCCUCGUCCCGGCGUUGGAAAUGCUUCGCUCUUUGAUCGAUCACCAGAAGGUCCUUGUGCUGGCCCUCAACGGUCCGGCUGUGGGUGGGGGUGCCGCAUGGUUCGAAGGAGCCGCCGAUUUGUUCCUUGCCGCCGAAGGCAGCUGGUUGCAAGUCCCGUUCAACUCACUGGGACUCGUCCCGGAAAACGGGUCGACCACUCUCUUCAGUCACCACAUUGGCGUCCGUCGAGCCAAUGAAUUCCUCAUGUUCGGUCGGCGGGCCACGGUCGAAGAGCUUGAAACCUGGGGGCUGGUCAACCGGGUGUUCCCAAAAGAAAACUUCCACGGCUCUGUCCUCGCGUACCUGGAGAAGCAAUUGGAGGAAAACGAUGGAAAGAGCAUGAUGGAGACCAAAAGACUGCAGAAUUUGCCGCUGCGGAGGGAAAGAAUGCUGGCUGUCUAUGACUCGGUUGAUGCUUUGGCGGAGAAAACCCUGGAUGGCGCAUCGGUGAAGAGAUUCGAGCAGAAGAAUGCUCAACUGAGUUCCCGGUCAAAAGGUCAGGCAAAACUAUGAUCUUCGAACCAAGCGCUUGUAGAGAAGACGCCCUGUCUGAUGAUGAAAC